UGCCGGACACCAAGAGAGAAAGUGGAACCAUUGUGCGUGAUCUUGUUCAGCGUCGGCUGUCAAAUCAGGACGGAACCAACAGCAAGGUUUGCGCAUGUGCAGAGGAAAGUGGUUACGAAAAUAUUACAUCCAGCUCGUUUUUCCGUCGGAAAAAAGACUUCACAGGAGGCAAAAACAGAGGAGAGGGGCAAAAGAAUGGCAGAAGAGGAGGACGGUCAGGCUAAGGAGUUUAAACUCUUGGGGAUCUUGGAUGUCCAGAGGACACCCUGUGCCCGAGACGCCAUCUUACAUGGAGCCGGAGGUUCAGUAGCUGCUGGAGUUCUUUAUUUUCUGGCCACAAGUAGAGUAAAGAGAUCUUUCGAUGUGGGAUUUGCUGGAUUUUUCCUCACCACUCUUGGAUCUUGGUUUUACUGCAGAAUUCACCAUGCUAAGUUACGUGUGCAGCAGAGGCUGAUUCAAGAAGGCAUCAAGAACAAGGUUAUGUAUGAAGGAACUGCUCUGGACCCCACAAAGAACCCUAAAUCAGAAGCACCUUCAGGACCUUCCUGACAUCCUGCACUGAACCUCACCUCCAGGACUGCAGCUGAACUCUCUCCCACUUUAAAUUAUAGGGGGAAAACUCACAACUUUUAAGGAAGUGUUUUCUCUUGUCUUGGUUUAACAUGACUUUGAACUGAAGUGCUGAAUAAAAACUGUCAGUUCGAUCAGUUUCAGACUAAAUUAUGCUAAAUUGUAUUAAAAAAAAAGGACAUAAAGGUGUCUCCCAUUUGAAGCAACUGUCUCAAUUAUAUUUAUGGGUGUCAUGUCACAGAGAUUGAGGCCUGGAUUAAUCCUAUUUUAUUAAAUUUUAAAGCAUUUUAUGAAGAUGUUAUAUCACUGGUAAAAAGCUAUCUAAAUGUAAAAAAAGAGGAUUUUAGUGAGACUCCUGUAAAUCUUGGAUGCUUGUCAAAAAAGAUAAAGAUCAGGCAGUUUGAGAAAAGGUGAUGAGAAAUCCUCAAACAUCAACAUCUGUAGAAAUCCCAACUGCAUUAUAAUUAUUGUAACUACUUCAUGGGACUUUUUUGAGCCAAAUUUGGAUCCUGUAUAAAAUAAUAAUGCCUUUCAAUGAUAUAUAUGUGAUGUAAGAGGGUGAACUGUGUGGAAAUUAAAGUUUUGUCAAAGUGUGGAAUAUCUUAA